AUGGAUGAGCUGGACGAUGUUGCCGCCGAAAUGCGAGGUCGUUGUUACACAUGGCCUAUGCAACAGUACACCGUUCCACAGACGUCGGCGCCCGGCCCCAGCCACGGUCUCACCCUGAAUGAUACUCCGUCGAGCUCCUACCAGUCGAUGACGUCCAUCACGAGCUCAAUGUGCACCGGAUCUCUGUCGCACGGUCUUCCGUCGAUCGCCUCGCUGGAGCCUCCGUGGUCUUCAGCUGAAGCUCAUAUGUUUCCGUAUGGUUAUCACCAACAGCCUUCGACUUCCGGCUCCAUGUUACAAAUCCACGACUUGGCUCCGCCAUUGCGGAAGAAGCGGAUCCGACGCCGGAACCCGGAUUCGAUACCUCAGAAGAAGCCGAAUCCCUGGGGCGAGGAUUCGUAUUCCGAUCUCAUUGCUAAAGCAUUAGAAAGCGCGCCAGGAGGUAGAAUGAAGCUUAAUGAAAUUUAUCAGUGGUUUUCCGAGAACGUUCCCUAUUUUAAGGAGCGUUCUAGCCAGGAGCACGCAGCGGGUUGGAAGGUAUAUUUUAUUUGGUUAGGUUAAUAUAACUUUGAGAUUACUAGGUUCAUAAAUUUUAUGUUUAUGUAUUUACAAUCAUUUUACUUCCUUGCAGAACUCCAUCCGCCACAAUUUAUCCCUCCACAGCCGCUUCAUGCGGAUUCAGAAUGAGGGAGCCGGGAAGUCGUCUUGGUGGGUAAUUAACCCAGAUGCUAAACCAGGCAGGAAUCCACGACGACGAGCAGCCACGAUGGAGUCGGCUACCAAAGUAGGUUUCAUUCGAAAGAUCUUGUUUACGGAACGUUUAUGAAACUAAUAUUAAUCAGAGAAACUAAUGUGUUUGUAAAGACUACAAUAAUAUCAUUGACUUCAGACGAUCCUGGACAAGAAACGUCGCGGUGUCAGGAAACGUAUCGAUAUGAUGAAUGACUCCUCUUUGUCUUCCCUAAAUGAGUCUGCCCAGUCGCACCGGGAUCUGCUGGACCGGGACGAAGGUCUCGGGGCAUCGGACUACGAAACCUUCCGCUCCAGAACCCAGUCCAAUGUGUCCAUGCCAGGACAAAGGAUAACACCACCAAUGGAGGGCUUCGAGGAGUACAAGCUUCCUCCAUGGUCAGGUCAGCCACUACCGCCUCAGGCGCCCUCAGGCAUGAUUAACGAACUUCUGGACCGGACUGACCAAAUUCGUCUGGACAGUGAAGAGUACCGUCAACUCCGACCCUCAGGGCAACUAGUCCAGCCAGUGAAGUCAGAACAAAAGGUAGGAUGAAGUUUGUUGUUACAUUGAAGUCUUCUGAAGAUUAAAGGUUUUAAACCCCUUAUUUGUUUGAAUUGGCUAGCCAGACGGUUGGAAUUAAUAGUUACGUAAACUUGUUUUGUCUUUGAAAAUUUGAAAAUGCAAAUUAGGGAACAUGUAGAACACAUUAUUAAGCUUAUUAUAUCUGACGGCUUAUCGAAUUAACAUUUUUAUUUUGCAGACCGAGCCCCCGAGCCAGCACCAGCCUUUUUACCAAGAAUUGUGCGUCGUCCGCGGGCCAGACAAUCUUCAGAAUCCUUUGUUAUGUAACCAAUUUCCGAUGUCUGUUUCGGCAGCGUCGAAGACGUCUGGGAUGCAAUGGUGAGUUCCGAAUUUCAUUUCGUUACAGUAGAAUGUAGUCGUGUUACUACAGAGUAGAAUUAUAGUUUUGUUGCGUAAGUGUUUGUCAUUCGGCUACAAUAUGUUGAGUAUGUACAAUAACUUUUCGAAUUUUGACUUUUUCUCAACAAUUCUCUUUUCAAGUGACUAACCUUGUUAUAGUAAUUGGAUUUAACUUGUUUAAGACUUAUUAAUGCUUUUUUCAGCUCGAGCAGCGAGCCCUUCUACCCGUACGGCGUCCACAACGUCCAAAACCAACAAGGCCAACUGUGGGGCGGGGCCCUACCGCCCAGUGGAAUGCCCCCAAACUCAACCGGUCUCCCCAUCGAUCUCGAAAACGUGAGCACGUUCGAGUCGGCGAACCUCGACUAUGACAUGGAAGCGGUCUUGCGUCACGAACUCAACUCGGCCAAUGGCCUCAGCUUCGACUUGUAA